UGUCUACGUUGAAAUUAAACUCAUACUUUCUUGCUCCUUUUCUCACUCUCACUUUCUCUCUCACGCACAACACACACUUCUGCGAACAGAGGGUUCCUUGUCACCUUCCAUGGCAUGAACCUAAAUUACUGCAUUUCCCCGCCCAAAAGCCCCUUAUUUAAUCAACCAAUGGCCUUCAACAUCACGACAACGGGACUUCGCUUACUCCGCUGCUACUCACAGCACCUGCGCCCCGUCACUGCGCAGUUCUCUGGGCUCCGGAAAGUUAGGGUUUCGGAGCUCCGGUUCUUGUCCUCCUCGGUGCCGAUAGAGAAGUUACCGGUUGUGAAAGCCAAGCGGAGAGAAGCCGAGGACGCAGUUUUGGAUGAUGGAGGAGGAGAUAAUGGUAGUGUUGUUUCGGCUGCUAGGGAUAAAAUUGGCGGUGGUAGUGGAGGAGGCGAGGGGAGGAUUAUAGUUUCGGAGCUUCAUAAGGAAGCCACUGAAGCUUAUAUGGCUUAUGCCAUGUCUGUGCUGCUCGGCCGCGCCUUGCCUGAUGUUCGAGACGGGUUGAAACCGGUCCACCGUAGGAUAUUAUUUGCAAUGCAUGAAUUGGGUCUUUCAUCAAGGAAACCUUACAAGAAAUGUGCAAGAGUUGUUGGAGAGGUCCUUGGUAAGUUUCACCCGCAUGGAGACACUGCUGUGUAUGACUCCUUGGUUCGAAUGGCACAGGAUUUUUCCUUGCGAAGCCCACUCAUUCGUGGACAUGGUAAUUUUGGUUCUAUUGAUGCUGAUCCUCCUGCUGCAAUGCGUUAUACUGAGUGCCGGCUGGAAGCACUUGCGGAGGCAAUGUUACUGGCUGAUCUAGAUCAAGAUACCGUGGAUUUUGUUCCAAAUUUUGAUAAUUCGCAAAAGGAACCAUCAUUACUUCCUGCCCGGAUUCCUAACUUAUUGUUGAAUGGUGCCUCUGGAAUAGCGGUUGGAAUGGCAACAAACAUACCUCCACAUAAUCUUGCAGAGUUGGUAGAUGCACUGUCUGUGCUGAUUCAUAAUCCAGAAGCCACGCUACAAGAACUGCUCGAGUACAUGCCUGGACCAGACUUUCCAACAGGAGGAACAAUAAUGGGUAACAUUGGGAUUUUAGCAGCAUACCGAACUGGGAGAGGACGUGUAAUUGUAAGAGGAAAGACUGAUGUUGAAACUCUUGAUUCCAAAACCAAGAGAACAGCAAUUAUUAUAAAAGAGAUCCCAUAUCAGACCAACAAAGCUUCUUUGAUUGAGAACAUUGCCCAGCUUGUAGAAAAUAGGAAAUUAGAAGGUAUUAGUGACAUCCGUGAUGAGAGUGAUCGAUCUGGAAUGCGGAUUGUUAUUGAGCUUAAGAGGGGUUCCGCACCAUCAAUUGUAUUGAACAAUCUUUAUCGAAUGACCGCUCUUCAGUCCAGUUUCAACUGUAACAUGGUGGGUAUUCUUAAUGGCCAACCUAAAGUUAUGGGAUUGAAAGAAUUGCUUCAGGCUUUCUUGGACUUCAGAUGCUCCGUGAUUGAAAGGCGUGCAAGAUUUAAGCUUUCGCAUGCACAAGAUAGAAAUCACAUUGUUGAGGGUAUCAUUGUGGGGCUUGAUAAUUUGGACGGAGUGAUUGACUUAAUUAGGAAAGCCUCAAGUCAUUCUGGGGCAACAGCUCAAUUGAUGAAAGAAUUCAAUUUGUCAGAGAAACAAGCAGAAGCUAUUUUGGACAUUAGCCUGAGAAGACUAACACUCCUUGAGAGAAAUAAAUUUGUUGAUGAGAGAAAAUCUUUGACAGAACAAAUAUCUAAGUUGCUGGAGCUUUUGUCCAGCAAAAAGCGAAUACUUCAGCUGAUAGAAGAAGAAGCAAUGGAAAUAAAGAACAAGUUUUCAACCCCAAGACGUUCAAUGCUAGAGGACUCAGAGAGUGGCCAAGUUGAAGAUAUAGAUGUUAUCCCCAAUGAGGAAAUGCUAUUGGCAAUUAGUGAGAAGGGUUAUGUUAAACGCAUGAAGCCUGAUACAUUUAAUCUUCAAAAGCGGGGAACUAUUGGCAAAUCAGUAGGAAAACUCAGAGAUAAUGAUACCCUGUCUGAUUUUCUCGUCUGUCAUGCCCAUGACCAUGUCUUGUAUUUUAGUGAUAAGGGAAUAGUUUACUCAGCUCGGGCCUAUAAAAUUCCUGAAUGCACUCGAGCUGCAGCUGGUGUAACACUGGUUCAGAUCUUGUCAUUGUCUGAUGGUGAGAGAAUAACAUCAAUCAUUCCAGUGAGUGAAUUUUCUGGAGACCAGUUUCUUUUAAUGCUCACUGUGAAUGGGUAUGUCAAGAAAGUGUCUCUGAACUACUUCUCAUCGAUCAGAUCAACUGGAAUCAUAGCAAUACAAUUGGUUCCUGGGGAUAAAUUAAAAUGGGUAAGGCAUUGUGCAAAUGAGGACUUCGUUGCAAUGGCAUCACAAAAUGGAAUGGUUAUCUUAAGUUCAUGUGAGAAAAUAAGAGCACUUGGAAGAAAUACCAGGGGAUCAGUGGCCAUGAGGCUGAAAGGAGAGGAUAAAGUAGCGAGCAUGGACAUAAUACCAGCUGCUUUGAGCAAAGAGUUGGAUAAUCUCUCCCAUCGAAGUUGCAAGGGAUUGACGGGCCCAUGGUUGCUGUUUGUGUCUGAAAGUGGUUUUGGCAAGAGAGUCCCUCUUAGUAGCUUCCGGAUGUCGCCCUUGAACAGAACAGGUUUAAUAGGUUAUAAGUUUGCAUCUGAAGACCAGCUGGCGGCGGUAUUUGUUGUUGGAUUUUCCUUAGGAGAUGAUUGUGAAAGUGAUGAACAAGUUGUUCUUGUUAGCCAGAGUGGGACUGUAAACCGCAUAAAAGUGCGAGAUAUCUCCAUACAGUCGCGAUUUGCUAGAGGGGUAAUUUUGAUGCGGCUAGAGCAUGCUGGUAAAAUCAAAUCAGCUUCUUUGAUCUCUGCAGCAGAAACAGAUUCAGAUGAAGUUGAAGCUGAAGUUGCUGCUGCCUAGAAGUUGCAGUCCUUAAUUCAUGUGCAAAUAUCAGUUAACUGGAUUACCAUUUUGUUGCACUUAGAUUAACAGUGUUAAAGUAGCUGUACACAUGACAGGAAAUCGUACGUUAUGUUUCCUGUUUUCUUUUGUACUGAGGGGAAGUGGCGGCGGACAUGUUGUAAAGGAUGCAUUUAACCGCUUAACGUGUUGGAAGCUCCAAUUUCAGUAGUCAACAAAUUACUCUAGUAGUAAUGAAAACACUUAAUUUUUCAUCA